GUUAUAUUGGGCUUAUUUUAAAAAAUAGAAACUUAUAAAGUCAUUGUUUAUUAGCUUUACAGUACGUUAUACUUCACAAAUUAAAUAGAAACUUACCGUUCAGACGACAAUGCUUGACUUACUGACAAUAUAAUGAUGUAGGCUUAUGUUUAAUGUACUGCACAACGUUUUUAUAACACGAACCCACAGUGUUCUGUCGGGACUUUAAACUUUUAUAAAACUAAAGCGUCUACACCCUCGCUAAAUAAAAGAGGCGGAGAGCAAAGUUGCCCGAGCUUAUUUAAUCAAUUGCAUGUUCAGUAACAACACAAGCAGCUGUACUCCCACAGACUGCGCGUCAGUUUAAGCGCGUCCUUUCUCCGCCUCGCGUCAUUUCUUCCGCUUGCGUUUUAAACAACUCGCAAGUGGACAAAAGCGACGGAUUAAAAACACCAAAUGUUAACAGGAAUGUGUCUCUCUCGCACACUCAUAAUCCAAUCGACCAAAGUGCAUCUUAAUACCAGGUGUAUAAUGUUUUAAAGAAACCGCGUGACUGCCGCCACCUGAACUGACUGAAGUGAAAGGGGUGGGGGAUUGGCUGGUAUCACUCCAGUGAGUGACCUGGGUCGCCAUUAGCAACCAGUAUGGCGCACUCUGCUGGACAAACAAGUACUUACAUCUUUCAAAUGCAUUUAAUGUGUUCUGUAACAAACGUUCAUAUCGGCGCAUAUCUGCGGCUUAUACGCCGAUACAGAUAUAUCUGCGACAUGCUCAUAUCGGCCGAUAAAAUCGGCAAAACGAUAAAUCGGUCGGGCUCUAAUACACGCGCCUAUUUCCAACAUAAGACAGAAGUCUUACUUACCACGUGUAACUCGUCAUGACCCGGUUCUGAAAAUCCACAGCAUCAAACACACACGCAAAACUCUGCUGCUAAUCCGGAUAAUAAACUAUAUCCAUUGUUUCCAUAAGGCUGGAUGUCUUCUCCUUACAUCCAAAAACACACUUCUUCUUGUGCCAUUGUUGACUUUUGAAAUUAAACAAAGCUGAGUGGCGUGAUAAGCUGUUAGCAAGCUCUAGCGUCUCCCGCUGACUGACGGGUGGGCGGGGUUUUCCGGGGGAAGUUUUCCGGCGGAAGCCCAUAUAAAGAAGUGAUACGUAUCGAAAACCCCUGAAACGUCAGUUAGAACUGUAAUCGAAAAAAACUAGCCGAAACUUGUACGAACCCUGGCGAAGUGCAUUCGGCACAGAAAUACUCUGAAACACGCCCAACUGCGGUUUUGACACUUUGCCUAGGUUUAGCAUGAGGAAACAACUCUAUAACUGUGUUAAUAAGUCAGAAUGCUUGAAAUACCAUUAAACCCCCCUUUUAAGUUAAAACAGGAGCUUUCAAUUUAUUGAAGGACUAGUGUUUAGAAAACUAUAGGGUUGAUAGAGCAACAAGCCCUUUUUACAUAUCACUAUAGCAUUAUUAGUUUUCAGAUAAUGGCAAAUAUUUUUUUUAAUGAGCAAAAACACAAGCAGGGAGAAGGCGGUGGCUUAUGAGGCCUUUUAUCAGAUAUAUAAUUUCAAUGAACAAGAGCAGUUUUACUCCAAAACAGCUGUUUGUAGAUGAUUGAACUUUUACCAAACUUGACUGAAAGUGAUUUGUACUUAGUUUUAAACAUUUUGGACACUCAUUUAGGUCAAAUCUUCAUGCAGGCAGGUAACAUGUUGAAAUUAUGUUGCAGGUAAAGGCCCCGGAGAAGAAUAUACCUGAUUCUACAGUGAGGUCACCUCAUCAAGAAGAUGAAGAAGCUUCAGAAAUGUCAAGUUGUUAUAGUGAUGGUGAGGAGUACAAGCCUCCUCCAGGGAGUCCAGACUCUUCUUCAUCCUGCAGCAUAGUCUCAAUGUGCUCCAGCCUGUCAUGUGAGUCCAAACCAAAACCAACACAGUCUAACAGUCAACCAUCAAAAACAUAUUCAAAAAAGGAUCGUAGCAAGAAAAACAAAGAGACUGUUGAACUGAGAGUUAAAACUUGCCAAAAAAAUGAUGGUAAAAGAGUGUGGGACAAAGCACAUUACUGUGUUUACUGUGAAAAAAAAAAUAAAAAAAUGGCCCGCCAUUUACAGUUGAUGCACAUGGAUGAAGCUGAUGUUGCCCAAGCUUUCAGCUUUCCACUUGGCUCCAAAGAGAGAAAGAAACGUCUUGAGUCUUUAAGAAAUAAGGGUGACUGGCGACAUAAUCAGGAAGUCCUAAAGGAGGGUAAAGGGGAGAUUGUUACAUGGAAACAGCCCUCUAAAAAUUCACCAGUUAGUGACUAUUUGCCCUGCCAGCACUGCUUUGCUAUGUUUAAAAGAGUAGACCUAUGGAGACAUGACAAAACUUGUAGGGAUAAAAAGGAAAACUCCGACGUAGGAACAAAAAGAAAGCGCAUCCAAACUGUUUCUUCCAAACUUCUUCCAAUACAGAAAUCCUCAGAGGGAGUCCAAAAUGUAAUCCAUAACAUGUUACAAGACAAUAUCACUGCCCACGUUCGAGGGGAUGAGAUGAUAUGUAAAUAUGGAGAUUCACUGUUUGCUCGAAAAGGACGUGAACAAUCUCAACAUCGCUAUAUUGCACAGAAAUUGAGGGAACUGGGUCGUUUUGUCUUGGCAGCUAAGCAAAUUGACCAAAAAAUUUUAGGACUCAAAGACUUAUGUGAUCCAACCAAAUUUAACCUGGCAAUAGCAGCAGCCAAAAAAGUGUCACACUUUAACUCAGACAAGACAGAGUAUGAAAAACCUUCAACCGCAGUGAAAAUAGGCUUUUCACUCAAAGCAGCAACUGAGACCUGGAUUGGUCAUUGUAUGAUGGUGUCAGAUGUUGUUGCUGAAAAAAAGUCUAAGAAGUUUAAGGAGCUUCUUGACAAAAUGUGGUCAAACUAUGUAGCAACAAAUGCCCACAGUUCCAUGGAACAAAACAAAUGGAACAAAGAUGAAAGUGUCCCUUUAACUGAAGACAUUCUUGUGCUGCAGAAUCAUCUGAGGGCUGUAGAAGAUAAAGCAAAGGCUGAUCUUAAACAGACUGUAACAGUGGCUGCAUACAAAAGACUCAGUGAAAGUCUUCUGGCUCAAGUCAUAGUAUUCAACAAGAAACGUGAGGGAGAAGCAUCAAGGAUAACACUAGAUAUGUUCCUGAAAGCUGACUCUGGCCAAGUCAACAAGGACAUUUAUGAGACGCUGUCUCCUGUGGAGAAAAUGUUGAGCCACAGGCUAACUAGGAUGGUAACAAGAGGAAAAAGAGGUCGGAAAGUACCUGUUCUGUUUCUUGACCGCACUAAAGCUUCCAUUGAUUUCAUGAUUGAGCUCGGGGACAAAGUUGGGGUUCUUAAGGACAAUCCAUUUUUGUUUGCAAACAUUGGCACCAAAACAAAUAUUCGUGGCGGUGACUGUUUGAGAAAAUUUUCAAUCGAGUGUAAAGUGGAUAAUCCCAAACUUCUCAGAUCGACCAACUUGCGAAAGCAUGUUGCAACAUUGUGCCAGCUGCUGGACCUCUCCAACCAAGAGCUUGAGCAGGUAGCCAAGUUUAUGGGUCAUGACAUCAGAGUACACUGUAACUACUACAGGCAGACUGAUAAAACCUUCCAAGUAGCUAAAGUUGGAAAGCUUCUAUUUGCAAUGGAAGGUGGAGCCGAAGCACUUAAAGGAAACAAUCUGCAGACUUUGGAUUCAGCAGUCUGUGUGUCUGAACAUUCUGACAGAGAGGACCACGAAGAGGAAAGCAAUCUAGACCAGCCGUCCAAGAAAAAAUCACACAGAAAGAGGCCCAUGAACAAAGACACUGAUGAAUUUGAUGAAGCUGAUGGAGACGAAAGCAAUCUAGACCAGCCGUCCAAAAAAAAAACACACAAAAAGAUACGCAUGAACAAAGACACUGAUGAAUUUGAUGAAGCUGAUGGAGACGAAAGCAAUCUAGACCAGCCGUCCAAAAAAAAAACACACAAAAAGAUACGCAUGAACAAAGACACUGAUGAAUUUGAUGAAGCUGAUGGAGACGAAAGCAAUCUAGACCAGCCGUCCAAAAAAAAACCACACAAAAAGAUACGCAUGAACAAAGACACUGAUGAAUUUGAUGAAGCUGAUGGAGACGAAAGCAAUCUAGACCAGCCGUCCAAAAAAAAAACACACAAAAAGAUACGCAUGAACAAAGACACUGAUGAAUUUGAUGAAGCUGAUGGAGACGAAAGCAAUCUAGACCAGCCGUCCAAAAAAAAAACACACAAAAAGAUACGCAUGAACAAAGACACUGAUGAAUUUGAUGAAGCUGAUGGAGACGAAAGCAAUCUAGACCAGCCGUCCAAGAAAAAAACACACAAAAAGAUACGCAUGAACAAAGACACUGAUGCAGAGUAG